UAUUAGGAGCCAAGACAGAUUAUAUCAGAUAAACGGGCUAGAUCAAGAUAUAUCUCUGCCGGAGAAACUUUCUGCGUUCAUUAAAUAUCCACCGGAUGAGAUUAACCCAUGGAUAUAAAAUAAUUAGUAGAUAUAUAUUAGUAGUAAUAAGAUCAAAAGGGGAAGGGGAUAUAAGAUCUUUAUGUCGACGUUGACUGGUAAAUAACCGUCGAUCUCUUCUAAACCGAACAUCACAUAACGCACUGUAUCUUACCCGCACCACAAAAUUUCGAUCGAUACUUACCUAAGAUGCGCGCCUCCAUUAUCACCGCCAUGUUAACAUGCGCCUCCGCUGCCUCGGCAGGGCUAACAUGGUCGCUCCAAAAAGCAUCGAGCCCAAGUGCAGAUCAAUCCGAAGCGUACACCAAGAUCGAGGCUGCGAUGAAAGCGGCGGUAGCGCACUACGCUAAGUUCUCCAACGCGAGUAAGACCAUCCAUGUGUACUACGCGCCGGGUGUUCCCACAGCGGAGGCGAGUUACAACGGGGACCUGCGGUUCGGUUCUGAUAGGUCGUACAUGACGGAGCGCACGGCGAUGCACGAGAUUGCGCAUACUCUGGGUGUGGGCCAGACAGCGGAGUUUGAUCGCCGGUGUGCGGCGGGAGACUGGCCGACUGCGCUGCCGCUGUUGAGGUCAUGGGAUGGGCAGAGUGCAAAGAUUAACUGUGGUGGUGGUCACUUUUGGCCGUAUGGAUUGAACUAUGAGAGUGAGUGGAGUCAAACGAAUGGGGAUCGUCAUGUUCAGAUGGUGGAUGCUAUGUUGAAGGAUGGGAUGUAAGGGGCUACCUUUGUACUGUCGGGUUUUAUUCGAAUAAAGCAGAAAUACAAAUCAAACCUUUGAAUUUCCAGUGCAUGCGGGAUGGGAUUCGAAGUACUAUUUGUCUUUGAAAUCUCGUACUCAAGAUUCAUGUAAAUUUGAAAUUGGGCUGUGUGUAACGGUCGCAGAAUAGCACUCCAGAGGAUAUGAAUUGUAGUGGAUUUAGUGGGUUGGUUUUGUACU